ACAUGGUUUGUGAAUAUUAUGUAAAGUGUUUUAGAGAUAAAUUUAAAAUUUCAAUUUUCUUAAAACAAAUCGGGCUAAGGCCCACAAGCAAACAAACCCAGCUACGAGGAGAAAGAAGACGAUGCAUUGUCUGGAACAACGCCGCGCCGCCGCCGCCGCCGCCUCCGCCUCCUUUCUCCCACCUGAGAAGAUGCUUAAGUUUCCUCAUCUGAACAUCACCAACAACUCUCCCUCCAGCAAGUAACUUCCAAAGAGACCAAUAAAAACCCUCUUAACCAAAAAACCACCUUCUCCGAUGAUCUACGGGAGAGUUGACGGUCAGAGCUCCUACAGCUCCUACGCUUUCAAGGGUCAGGCGGUCAAAAAAGCCGGCUAUUGGACCCCAGAGAUGACCGUCCUCACGGCUUAAAACGGAAAUGCACCCACAUGCGGGUUUUAAUAGAGAGCAUAGCAAAUAAAGCUUCGCUGGAUAGACACAUACACAAGUUGAAGGACCCAGACCUUGGGUAGAUCUCAACCCUUGGAUGCAACAAAAGAAACUAGAUCUUAGGCAGGUUACAUGAUUCCUUCAUCAUGAACAACAAACCUGCAAACCACAAACUUCAAACCCUAAAACACUUAUGUACAGCCCCAUCCGGAGGAGGGAAAGGAAGACCCAUGUCCAGACAAGGCAUGAAGGGCCAUCCCCCGCCCAGAAGGGGUAGAAAAUGGCCGUUGUAUCCGGCCGACCAAGAGACCUCUCUCUUAGAAAUACAAAGGCCCUCUUAGAAGUAUUAGGCCCCCUUUUUUUUCUAACUCAAUGAUCUUUUGGGCUCUUUGUUUUGAUCCCAUAUCUAUUGAAAAAGAAAAUUCAAUUUAAUUAUUUGAAUAAUUGUAUAGUAGUAAUAAUUAUUUAUAAAAUCUUAAUUUAAAAAAUAAAUAGUAGAAAAUCCACUUUGGGCAGGUCAUUAGUGGGUUUCCCUUACCCUAACUGUCACCAAAACCAAUUCCCUUCUUCCUUGCUACCCCAUUUCAAUUGGUCAGCUAUAGAGAAUCAAGAAGACCUGCUUUCAUUUUCUUGAUCUUCCCCAUUGAUUUUCGCACACCUAUGGACGUUAUCAUUCAGUUGCAGCGACAGAUUGCUGAUUACAGAGCUUCUCUAUAUCGAGAGGGAUAUGUGGACGAUCAGUUUACUCAGCUGCAGAAGCUGCAGGACGAGAGUAGUCCUGAUUUUGUGGUGGAGGUUACUUCUCUUUUCUUUGAAGAUUGUGAGAAGCUUGUUAACAACAUGGCCAGAGCUCUGGAACCACGGGCUGUGGAUUUUAAACAGGUGGAUUCUCAUGUUCAUCAAUUGAAGGGUAGUAGUUCUAGCAUGGGUGCAGCAAGAAUUAAAAAUAUAUGCAUUGCCUUCAGAACCUAUUGCGAGUCCCAAGACCAUGAAGGGUGUUUGAGAUGCCUUCAACAAGUGAAUCAUGAGUAUUCUCAAUUGAAGAUCAAACUUCAAACUUUAUUCAGGCUGGAGCAGCAGAUUGUCGCAGCUGGUGGAUCAAUUCCUGUGAUUCAAUGAGUAAUACUGAUUUUAUCCCCUACCAACACAGACAGAAAAAUUGAAGGAUUGAUAUUAGAGAUACGCUUUUUAUGGCAGCAGACCAGCAGUUUAGGGUUUGAACUUGAGCUACUUUGACAUCAUGAAUAAAUGUCAGGGUCAGGGAGCGACUAUGUGAAUAAACAUUUCUUUGAUCAGGUUGCCUUUUUUUUUCUUUUUUUUUGUCUAUGGUGUCGAGGGACAUCAUCCUUUAAUAUGGAACUCAACUCAGUAACUGUGCAUGACAGAUGAGUUUGUAUAGAGAUGAUAUUUUCCA